CCAUCCAAGCCAUAUCCUGUAAGCUUUCAGACCUGUGAACCUUGUAGAACUAUCUUCAACACAGCUGCAAAAUCUCGAUGGCCACUCCAAUCGAAACCUCCCGACGAGGCGCGGCUGCUUCUCGGAAGGUGUUGAUCACUGGCGUGAGCAAAGGGUUAGGACGAGCUUUAGCGUUGGAGUUGGCUAGCCGUGGCCACACCAUAAUCGGCUGCUCACGCGAUCAGACUAAACUUGAUUCCCUUCAUGCCGAACUUUCCAAAUCGUCGUCAAACGAGCAUCUCCUCUUUAACGCCGAUGUGAGAUCAAACAAUAAGGUCAAAGAAUUCGCACAUGCUGUUGAGGAAAAGAAACUCACUCCCGAUAUCAUUGUGAAUAAUGCAGGUUUGGCUCAUAAAAGUGGUAAGAUAUGGGAGCUUGACGUAGAAGAUUUCGAUAAGGUGAUUGAUACCAAUGUUAAAGGGAUUGGAAAUAUUUUGCGCCAUUUCAUUCCACUUAUGCUUCCUAACAACCAAGGAAUUAUCGUCAACAUGUCUUCAGGAGCUGGAAGAAAUGCACACGAAGAUUUCGCACCCUAUUGUACAUCGAAAUGGGCAGUUGAAGGAUUAAGCAAAUGUAUUGCAAAGGGGCUGCCUGAGGGAAUGGCAACUGUGGCGUUAAAUCCUGGCACCAUAUACACAGACAUGCUCGCUUUAUGCAUGGGUGAAUUAGCAUCACAAUUUCAAUCUCCUGACAAAUGGCUCUCACCGUCACGCUCUACAUCACCGUCCGAGUUGCACGCCACUGGAGUGUGAUGCAAUAUGGGAGGAGGUAGAUGGUGAUGACUAAUUUUUAGAGAGAGAAAGAGUCGAAGAAUAAAAGGAGUUAGGAUAAAAGGUAAAUGAAGAGAGAUUGUGUUAUUGGGUGAAAAAGAGGAGGUUUGUACUAAUAGCAAUUUUAGAAACGAAAGUUUCAACAUUUUCUUUUCCCACUUUGUCCUUCAUGUAGGAACCCCUCUUCAUACAAGGUCCUAAAGAAUCCAUUUAUAUUUUACAUCUUUAACUCAAUAUCUCCU